CCCUGUUUUCUUUUGAUAGAGGCUUCAUCAUUUGUUUAUGACAGGUAUUGAUGUUAGUGAACAUGAUAUACGAUUUGUGGAGGACAAUUGGGAGAGCCCAGUUCUUGGUGCUUGGGGUUUAGGCUGGGAAAUCUGGAUGGACGGGAUGGAGAUCACUCAGUUCACCUACUUUCAGCAGGCUGGAAGUCUUCAAUUGUCACCAAUAUCUGUUGAAAUCACUUAUGGCCUUGAGCGCAUACUAAUGUUGCUUCAGGGAGUUGAUCAUUUUAAGAAAAUUCAGUAUGCUGAUGGAAUUACAUACGGAGAGUUGUUCCUAGAAAAUGAGAAGGAAAUGAGUGCAUAUUAUUUAGAACACGCUAGUGUUCAUCAUCUUCAAAAGCACUUCGACUUUUUUGAGGAAGAAGCACGUUCCUUGCUUGCUUCAGGCCUUGCCAUCCCUGCGUAUGAUCAGCUUCUGAAGACAUCUCAUGCUUUCAACAUCUUAGAUGCUAGAGGUUUUGUUGGGGUAACUGAGCGUGCUCGUUAUUUUGGUCGAAUGCGUAGUUUAGCUCGACAAUGUGCCCAACUCUGGUUAAAGACAAGAGAGUCUCUUGGACAUCCACUGGGUACUGUUUCUGGAACCAAUCAUCUUGUAUGUCCUAAAGACAUUUUGGAGGCAGCAGUCAAAAAGGUGCAUGACAACCCAAGAUCAUUUGUUCUUGAAAUUGGAACGGAAGAAAUGCCUCCCCAUGAUGUAGAUCAUGCGAGUCAGCAACUUAAAGAUUUGGUGUUACAAUUACUAGAAAAACAAAGAUUGAGCCAUGGUAAAGUGCAAGCUUUUGGCACUCCUCGCCGAUUAGUGGUUUGUGUUGAGAAUCUUUGCACUAAGCAAGCAGGGAAUGAAGUUGAAGUUCGAGGGCCUCCUGUCCUGAAGGCUUUUGAUGAACAAGGAAAUCCUACUAAGGCUGCUGAGGGCUUUUGCCGUAGGUACAAUGUACCAUUGGACUCGAUAUUUAGAAAGGUCGAUGGGAAAACAGAAUAUGUUUAUGUCCGUGUGACAGAGGCUGCUCGACUUGCUUUAGAGAUUUUAUCUGAAGAUUUGCCAGUUACCAUCAGUAAAAUAUCAUUCCCAAAGUCCAUGCGCUGGAACUCUCAGGUUAUGUUCAGCAGGCCAAUCCGUUGGAUUAUGGCCUUACAUGGAGAUGUAGUUGUUCCAUUUUUGUUUGCUGGAGUUUUAAGUGGAAACAUAUCUUAUGGCCUUCGCAAUACCCCUUCAGCUACUAUUCAGGUUGAAAGUGCAGAAUCUUAUACGAGUAUAAUGCAAAAUGCUGGAAUUCAUAUUGAAAUAGAGGAACGAAAGAAAAGAAUAGUGGAGCGCUCCAAAGAACUAGCAAAAAGUGUCAAUGGACAUGUACUUAUUAAAGAAAGCUUACUUAAUGAGGUUGUAAAUCUUGUUGAGGCACCAGUUCCAGUACUUGGGAAGUUUAGAGAGUCCUUCUUAGAGCUCCCAGAUGAUCUUCUAACAAUGGUCAUGCAGAAGCACCAAAAGUAUUUUGCUGUAAUUGAUGGUAGUGGAAAGCUUCUGCCACACUUUAUUGCCGUGGCUAAUGGAGCAAUUGAUGAAAGCAUUGUAAGCAAAGGGAAUGAAGCCGUGCUCAGAGCUCGUUACGAAGAUGCAAAAUUUUUCUAUGAGAUGGACACACGUAAAAACUUUUCAGAAUUCCGGAGUCAACUAAAAGGGAUUCUUUUUCAUGACAAGCUCGGAACAAUGUUUGACAAGAUGAUGCGCGUUGAAAACAUGGUGACCAAACUGAGUUUACAGUUGGGUAUCAAGGAAGAUAUGCUUCAGAUUGUCCGCGAUGCUGCAUCGCUUGCUAUGUCAGAUCUGGCUACAGCAGUUGUCACAGAAUUCACUUCCCUCUCUGGGAUAAUGGCACGCCAUUAUGCUCUUAGAGAUGGCUACUCAGAGCAGAUUGCAGAGUCCUUGUUAGAAAUCAUGCUUCCCAGAUUUUCUGGAGAUGUACUUCCAAAAACUGAUGUUGGAAUGGUUUUGGCAGUUGCUGACAGAUUAGACAGCCUCGUUGGCUUAUUUGCUGCUGGUUGUCAGCCUAGUUCCACUAAUGAUCCAUUUGGACUGCGAAGAAUUUCUUAUGGUCUAGUCCAAAUAUUGGUGGAAAAGGAUAAAAAUUUAGAUUUGGUUCAAGCUUUAAGAGUUGCAGCUGAUGUCCAACCUUUUGAAGUGGAUGGCCAUGUGAUAGAUGAUGUAUAUGCAUUUGUUACUCGAAGAUUAGAGCAGUAUCUGUUUGACAAGGGAAUAAGUCCAGAAAUUGUUCGUUCUGUACUUGCUGAGCGUGCAACCUUGCCUUGUCUGGCAGCAAAGACGGCAUAUAAUAUGGAAACGUUGUCAAGAGGCAACCUUUUCCCUAAGGUUGUUGAAGCUUAUUCUCGUCCAACAAGAAUUGUUCGUGGAAAGGAUGUGGUCUCUAAUAUGGAGGUGGACGAGGCUGCAUUGGAGACAGCUGAAGAGAGAGCUUUAUGGAGCAUUUUCUUGUCCAUACAAAGCAAAAUUCAUCCUGGCAUUGAGGUGGCUGAGUUUAUGGAACUAUCUUCGGAACUAAUACGCCCACUCGAGGAUUUCUUCAACAAUGUCUUUGUCAUGGUGGAAGAUGAAAGAAUCAGGAAUAACCGGCUGGCUUUGCUGAAAAAAAUUGCAGAUCUGCCAAGAGGCAUAGCAGAUUUCUCAAUUUUGCCAGGAUUUUAGAUUUUGUCAACCAUCCAUAUAGUCAUUUAUUAAUAAAGCAAAUUAUUAAGAGAAAAAGGUAGGUUAAGGGGGAGUAGAAGAUGAAGCAUAAAACUCCAUGGUGUUCUGAGGCUUGUAAAAUUUGUCACAUUUAUCUUCGAUAGAAUUAAUUUAUCUAAUAGUUUCCUCUCCUUAGAAUGUUUGUAAUGUGUAGAAGAAUAAAUUACAAUUUUGUCACUUUAAAAGAGUCGCAACUGGUGGAUCCUGACCCAUGUCUUGAACAUUUUAUCUUUAUUUAUUCUCUCAUAUUGAUCUUUAACAAGUUGGGUAAAGGUCAAUUUAGUGAAGAGGAACAGUUGCACAGGACCUGUGGUUUUGCUUUGGAAGCUGGAGCAAGUAGCUGGUGAGUUCCCGUGCCCUUGAACUGGUAACUCAUCCCUUAGCGUAUAAGCAACAGCAAAAAGAAAGAUGUCCGUCUCAAACAUAGCAUGUCAGAAGAUGGUAGUUGUCACUUGUGAGGCCAUCUCCUGUAUUUUUCUUCUUCUGGUUCCCACUAUCAUCUUCUGGCAUGUGGGGCUGAGAAGAGAACCAACUUUGUUGUGACCUGCACCUGCAAUGGACAUGCUACUAUCUUCCACUGCAAUAUCUAAAGUGUCUAAAUUCUCUUUUUUUGAGGAAAUUCAGGAAAGCAGAUGGAGAAGCGCUUCUGUAAUAAGUGUCUGUUAUGUGGAGGAAUUUGGUAAAAUCCUUUGCGUCAGCCGAACCAAGGGAAGGAAUGGGUGAAUGGCCUUCGUCUUCCCUUUUUCUGCCAAUCCUCCUAACCUAUUGCCUAUGACUCUAUGGUAAUAAUGGGAUUUUGAAGACUAUUUCAUUAUAUAUUUUGGAAGCUGUUUUGGACAUUUUGAAUGUUUUUUUUUUUUUUUCUUUUUCCUUUUUUAUGCAUUAUCCUUCUGUGCUUAUUGGGCGCGAUGAACUUUUGUCAAAAACUACCAAACAUAAAACCAUUUUUCGGUUUAUUUAGUUUAA